AUGCUGUCGUCAUACGCAAGGGCGAUAGGCCGACAAUGGCCCAGGACGGGCAAUACACACUCUCUCCUGGGCAGCAGAAUAUCUUGCGCCCACCACGCCGUGCCGUUAUGGCGUGCCGCCUCGACAGCGCCGCAGAAGCUCGACCUUCCUGCCCUGGAUAGGAAGUGGCGAGCGGAAUGGGAUCGCCUCAAGGCCAGCCGCUCCCCCACCGGCCAGGACAAGCCGCACAAAGAUAGCAAAUACAUCCUGCCAAUGUUCCCGUACCCUUCGGGCCACCUGCACAUCGGUCAUCUCAGGGUCUACACAAUCGCCGAUGUUCUUGCGCGGUUCCAUGCUCUCCAGGGCAACAAGGCCAUCCUCCCCAUGGGCUGGGACUCUUUUGGCCUCCCUGCAGAGAACGCUGCCCUCCAGCGAGGCAUCAACCCCGCGACAUGGACCAAGGGCAACAUAGCCAAGAUGAAGGACCAGCUGCAGUGCAUGAACGGCAGCUGGGACUGGGAGCGUGAGAUAUCAACUUGCGACCCCGAGUUCUACAAGCACACCCAGCGCAUCUUCCUCAUGCUCCACGAGAAAGGUCUAGCAUACCAGGCAGAAGCCGAGGUCAACUAUGACCCUGUUGACCAGACCGUGCUGGCAAACGAACAGAGGUUCCGUGAGGAGCUCCUGCAAAAUCUUGAGGUACUGGCGAAAGAUGAGGCCUGGCCGGAGCGGGUCAUGGCCAUGCAGAAGAACUGGCUGGGCAAGUCGCAGGGUGCAAUGAUCAAGUUCCCCAUCAUGGCUCACAGCAAUGACGCCCAUGCUUCCAUCGAAGUCUACACUACCAGACCUGAUACCUUGUUCGGGGUACAGUACCUGGCGUUGUCUGCAAACCACCCUAUUGUAAGUCGUCUCUCAGAGACCGACCCUGAGCUCCAGGCUUUCCUGGAUACUCUGCCCGGCCUCCCACCCGACUCCAAGGUCGGCUACAUGCUCCCUAGUAUAAGGGCUAUCAACCCUCUUGCAUACCACGAGCACACGCCAGAACCAGCAAAGGAGUCUCUGCCGGUGUACGUCGCUCCCUACGUCCUCGGUGACUACGGCGAGGGCGCGGUCAUGGGCGUCCCUGGCCACGACCUUCGAGACAAUGCUUUCUGGAAGGAGCAUCAUUAUGACCAGCCUGUUCGUAUCGUACUAGAAGCAUCCGAUGAUGAGACUACGACAGCAAUUUCCAACGAACCCUUCGUGGAACAUGGCGUGAUGACGGCCCAAAGUGGACCGUUCCGGGGGCAAAUCAUCACAAGAAGGCGGCCAAAUGCUGCUCAAGAUCCUUGA